AAAAGCCAAGGCAUGUUUACGGUGGCUACAAAAUUACUCCCUCCUACUAGACUUUUUGUUUCCAACAAAAACUUCACUUUCUCACUCAUGGCCGCUACUACUUUCUCCACGAAUUCAUCGGCUUUGAAACGAGUUGGAACACACAAUGGAAGCUUUCACUGCGACGAAGCACUCGGCUGCUUCAUGAUUCGCCUCACCAACAAGUAUUCCGGAGCCCAAAUCGUCCGUACAAGAGACCCUCAGGUGUUGGAGACUCUUGAUGCUGUUCUUGAUGUGGGUGGUGUGUAUGACCCUAGUCGAGAUCGUUACGAUCACCACCAAAAGGGUUUUGAUGAGGUUUUUGGACAUGGGUUUACUACAAAGCUUAGUAGUGCUGGUCUUAUCUAUAAGCAUUUUGGUACGGAGAUAAUUGCGAAAGAGCUUCAGGUUGAUGAAGGGCACCCGGACGUGACAAGGUUAUAUUUAGCCAUUUACAAAAGCUUCAUGGAGGCAAUCGAUGCAGUUGACAAUGGAAUAAAUCGGUAUGACACCGAUCAGCCUCCGAAAUACGUGAACAAUACCCACUUGUCACCAAGAGUUGGAAGGCUCAAUUUGGAUUGGACUGAUCCUGACCAGUCUUCUGAGAAGGAGAACGAAGCCUUCCAACGCGCAAUGACUCUUGCUGGCACUGAGUUUUUAGACUGUGUUCGGUUUCAUGUAAAAUCAUGGCUCCCAGCACGCACAAUUGUCAUGGAUUGUCUUGCAGCAAGAACCGAUAUCGACCCUAGUGGAGAAAUCAUGGUUUUGGAUAGAUCUUGCCCCUGGAAACUGCACUUAUUUGAGCUUGAACAGGAGCUGAAAACAGAGCCACCUAUCAUAUAUGUUCUUUACCAGGAUGAAAGAAGUAAAAGCUGGCGGGUGCAGGCAGUAAAUAAAUCUCUUGAUAGCUUUGAGAGCCGCAAGGCACUUCCAUCUCAGUGGAGAGGUUUACGAGACGAUGAGUUGUCGAAGGAAGCUGGGAUCCCGGGCUGUGUUUUUGUGCAUAUGAGCGGCUUUAUUGGCGGCAAUCGUACCUAUGAGGGUGCACUUGCUAUGGCCAGAUGCAGCUUAAAGCUCUAAGCUGGGUGACACAACUACAUUAUCACUAUCACUCAAAUUAAACAUCUAUUUUUGUUUGGCUAUUAUCUUAUUUUCAGAAUUGUCCAGUUUUUUAAUAUUUAAUAUUUUGGAA